AUGUUGAAGAGAAAGGUUAAGACCUACCAGAACCUGACUGUUACCAUACUCCGAGCAAAAAACAACCAAUCUCAUGAUUAUUGGUCUGAGUCGGACUGUUAUGUUAUUGUACGCCUCCCCACAGCGUCUGCCAGGUCUCACCGUACUAAGACCAUGCCCAACAGCAAGACCCCAGAGUGGAAUGAGAGUUUCCACUACAGGGUCCACAGUCAUGUCAAGAAUAUUGUGGAGUUGAAGAUGUACGAUGAGGACAGUAUCAUGGGUGAUGACCUGUGCUCCAUUAUAGUGUUUGACAUCAGUAACCUCACACCUGGGAAGAAGGAGACCAAGACCUUCAUCAGUGAACCGACCAAAGAUGAAUUGUGGGUUGAGUUUGAGUUGUUGGAGAGCAAAGAGCAUGCUGUGGAGCAGAAUGUGGUGCUGAAACUGUGUGGGGCCUUUCAAGAAGAACAUAAGAUUCUUGCUCCUGAGGAAACAUCCAACCUGGCCAAAACCUACUACAUCAUCAGAGACCUGGAGACAGAGCUUGGCGUGACGGUGCCUGUUAUAGCUGUGGUUGGCUCAGGGGGGUAUGGCAGUCUGAAGGGGCUGCGGAGACUGGGACUACUGGAUGCUGUGAGCUACAUCACUGGUGUGUCAGGCUCCACAUGGGCCUUAGCUGCGCUGUAUCAGGAAGUAGAUUGGUCACAGCGUGAUAUGGAUGAGUCCAUCUCAGCUAUGGAGGGGGAGAUCAGCAAGAGUUUCCUUAGUGCCUUCACCCCUGAGAAGCUGCAGUACUAUAGACACCAGAUGGCAGAAAAAGAGAAGGAGGGACAUAUGGUGUCAGUCAUAGACAUGUGGGGUCUGGUCAUCAAGCACUGCCUGCAUGGGAAGAAGAACACCAGUACCCUGUCUGACCAGCAGAAGGCAGUAUCAGAGGGACAGAACCCUUUACCCAUCUGCACUGCAGUCAACCUGAAGGAUGGAGUGAAAGACACCACAAGAGAACUUGGUAAAUGGUGUGAGUUCACACCAUAUGAGGUGGGCAUUCCAAAGUAUGGGGCCUAUGUCCAUGCAAAGGACUUUGGGAGUGAAUUCUACCUCAGUCACCUAGUCAAAAAACAUCCAGAGAUACGUACCUCCUAUCUGCUUGCUUUGGGGAUUUGCACUAACACUGCCUCAGCGCUGACCAGCUUGUUUAACAGCCGGCCAGUCAUCACUAAGAUCUACAACUUCAUGCGUGGGUUCUUUCUGCACUUGAACUACAAUGACAACAGCAACUUUACAGCCUGGAAAGAUAUGCAUCCAGAUGCCUUCCCCAACAGACUGACUCCAGCUGACUCCACAUUCCACCUGGCAGACUCUGGGUUCUCCAUCAACACAGGCUGUCCCCCUGUCUUGAGACCAGAGAGGGGGGUUGAUGUCAUCAUGUCCCUCAACUAUUCGUGGUGCGAGGACCAAUUCAAAGUCCUAAAGAGGACUGAGGUUUACUGCAAAGACCACAGCAUCCCCUUCCCCUGCAUUGACUUCAGCAGCCUGGAGGGACAGCCCCUGAAAGAGUUAUACGUCUUUGAGGAUGAGAAGAACCCCAAGGCUCCCAUAGCGCUUCACUUCCCUUUCGUCAACAUCUCAUUCAAAGAGUUCAAGGCCCCUGGUGUGGCACGUGAGGGUGAGGAGGAGAUGAAGACAGGGGAUGUUGACGUUAACACAAGCAGCUCCCCUUACCUAACCACACACCUGACCUACGCAGCAAAGGACUUCCGGGCACUGACAGACCUUACCUCGUACAACAUCCAGAACAACAAGGAGAAGAUCCUCCAGGCUCUCAGGAAGGUCCUCGAGAGGAAGGUGCCUGUGGAGGAAUCGGACCACCAUGAGCAGCACACAUGCCAUUGA